GUAGGUGUUUCGAAAGAUGGUCACAUAAUUUCUCUGACAAAUCAAAAUACAAAAUGAAGCGGAUACCACAACAGUGAAUUAUUAUCUCUAUUCCGACUCUCUAUUGUACCUAUCAUUGGAGUAGCUUUGUCUUGUUAUGACUUGCCACUAGAGUUAUUUUCAAUCAAGAGAGGAUGAUUACUGGAAAUUUUAUUGGUGAGGCGCAUAUAGAAGAGUAAUAGGAUACUGCAACGGCGGUAUUGCAUCAAACAAGCAUCAAACUUUAAUUUGAAAAACAUCAAUAUUAUAGGAUUACCAUCGUGAAUGAUCAAAUCAAAUGACUAUUAGUGUUUUUGUAAAUUAUAGUUCCUCAUGGGCAUCUACUUCUGGUAUUACUUUGGGCACUAGAACAGUUUGUGCAGUGAAAAAUAUUGCACAGAAAGAGCUUACGUCUUGCUCAUAAUUUCUCUUACUCUAUUUCCCUCCUUGUAUUUUUUUAAACUUGUACCGAGUAACAAAUUGCUAAAACUGAAGAAAUGCCAAUUGUGGUUUAUAUAGUUACAUUUUUUUUUAAUAUUUAUUUCGUUUUUGACCUUUUUUUAAAAGAAUCACACUAUAUUUGAAGAGUGAUUUUUUCACGAGUUACUAAAAAUAUUUCGUAGUGUAAUCAUGCAAAAGAAUCAAUCAAAAGUGACAAAGGGGGUUGCGGCACUCAGAGAUAUCAAACAGGCCGAAACCGAGGCAAUUCUGAAAUUUGGCAAGCUUAUUUCGUUAGAUAUUGAUAUAGAACACACAAGACACCUUAAUUUACAGAAUAAAGGGAUUCACACGCUGCCUUUACGCCUUAAUACUGUUCUGCGUGAAGUACGCAAGCUAGAUUUAUCAUUGAAUCAUAUUACCGACAUGUCGCCACUCUCUGUACUGCCUUACCUCAGCAAUUUGAACCUAUCCAGAAAUCCUGAAUUACACACUUUGAACCGCCUAAAUUGUAAAAAACUUGUAGUUUUAUCUGUAGCGCAUUGUGGACUACAAUCUUUGUCUGGCCUGGAGGAAAGCUCCACGACGCUGUGUACACUUAUUGCCAACGAUAACAACCUUCAGCUUCAAUCACCGUCUAUUCUAGAGGUCAAGGAUCCAAGGGAUUCUCCUGAGAACAGUAAAGAUUCUUCUGUAGUGGCUACGGCGGUUGAGAAUUAUAAAAUUAUAGCUUCUUUAAAGGCUCUCGAAACUGUAGUUCUGAGCCGCAACCCACAGUUGUGUAGUUUGUACUCGAAUGAUUGUGAAGAGACCGAUGGGCCAACCAAAGGUUCUUCCAAAGCAGAUGCAACGCAUCAGGUGGGUAAGAGCAAUGAAUCCGAUGAUAAAAACGUCCCCAACGCAAAGGAGGAAGAAAGAGGACCGGGUGCGUAUCCUUCUCGCCUUAGUUCGCACCCACUUGCCGUUUUCGAGGGACUUACUCGGCUUGUGAAGUUAUCGUUGAGUGAAUGCAACAUCCCCAGCUUACCCGAACGGUGGUUUUUACCCCUGGUCACGGAGCUCCGUCUUGCCCAUAACGCCUUAACCUCCCUCCAGCCCGAGGGCGUGAUCUUGCGUUCGGUAAAGAUUUUAGAUAUAAGCUACAACCGUCUAGAGUCAAUCGCUACUCUACGUCGCUGUCUUUUUCUACGCCAAAUAAACCUCAAGGGAAAUCCAUUAAUCAAUAUUUACGUCCAGCGAGAUCAGGAAGAGCGCAUCGACGAUGCCGAACAAACACCAACCAAAGCCCUUAACGUGGCGGAGGAGCAGGGAAAGGACAAAAUUGUACCUCGUUCCCUCCAGAGGAGUCUUCUAAGAAUGCUAAAGCACCUUCAACUGAUUGAUGGGCAGCCCAUUCCCCCAAUUGGUGAACUUAUCAUAAAGCGUCCACAUUCGGUUAAAGAAGUUCUUAAGAUUAGCAAAGAUGAAAACGAUUCGAAUGGGAAGGGUGCAGAGGAUAUGACCGUUGAAUCCAUUGCUUCUGCCAAGAAAAAGUCUCGGAAAGAGGGAACUCGGAAGCAGAAUGAAUCAAACGUUGAAAAAAUACAGAAGGAGUUGGAUGAAAAAGAUGUCGUGUUGAAUAUUCCAGAGAUCAAAGAAACUCACAAGCCGAUUGUGCGGCGGGAGAAGGUGCAUCAAGUCCACAAAGCCGGUUUGAUUGAGUCCGGCGGAGCUGCUGUAGCCGCUCUAUUAAGACAUUCCAAUGAACCAGCCUCUUGGUAA